GGACGAAGGGCAACACAGGAAGAAAGGAGCAUUCUUUUCCGCUCCUACCACUCUGUUGGAUUCGUACACCCUUGCCAGAAGUAGUUGUAUUGAUUGCUACUUUGCUCCGAGAGGGCUGCUACAGCUGCUGGUGGUGGGUCCUGAUAUUGCCCUGGAAACCCCCGUCCUGCCCUGGCCCCGCUCAGCCUGCUGUGUCCCAGGUCACUGUCAGCAUGGCGGGUUGUGCCAAACGCUGCAAACAGGGAAUUGUCAAGUUUGCCCUGUCCCUGCACAAACUUGUCACUGGCACUCUCAUUAAAGAUAAAGCUGACGAUGACCUAGAGAUGACCGUGGUGUGCCAUCGACCAGAGGGUCUGGACCAGCUAGAAGCUCAGACCAACUUCAGCAAGAGAGAGCUCCAAGUUCUCUACAGGGGCUUCAAGAAUGAGUGUCCAAGUGGCGUUGUAAAUGAGGACACCUUCAAGCAAAUAUACUCCCAGUUCUUCCCACAUGGAGAUGCCAGCACCUACGCACACUACCUGUUCAAUGCGUUUGACACAGGAAGUUCCGGCUCAAUCAUGUUCGAGGACUUUGUAUCAGCUCUGUCCAUCCUGCUGAGGGGCUCGGUCACCGAGAAGCUCCAGUGGACAUUUAACCUCUACGAUAUCAACAGGGACGGCUACAUCAACAAAGAGGAGAUGACAGACAUUGUCAGAGCGAUAUAUGACAUGAUGGGAAAGUACACGUACCCUGUCCUUAAGAAUGAUGCACCCAAACAGCAUGUGGACGCCUUCUUUCAGAAAAUGGACAAAAACAGGGACGGUGUGGUCACUCUUGAUGAAUUCAUCAUUUCUUGUCAAGAGGACGAAAACAUCAUGAGGUCUCUGCAGCUCUUCGAAAAUGUCAUCUAGACAACAAAGAAGAGGGAGACGGUGCAAUGGACGAAAAAAGCACUGAGCGAGAGAAGAGAGAAGAACAAAGGAGGAAGAAGGGAGAGAAGGAGCGAUGAACAUGCACAAGAAAAGGAACAGCAUAGCUCGCAAAUUGAAACGAGACAAAGAGCUAGUCGGGUUGUAUGUGAAAACACUAAACCUCAUGGGAGGGGUCACGGCUGUUAGAGAUCCACAGCGACGAACCAUCACCGGUUUUGGAAAAAGUCCUUCAGUCUCAAACCAUUUAAUUCGACCUUUUCGUGACCAUUCAUCUCGUCUCCGGCUCCCACGUUGGUUGCUGUCGUCACAGUUGCUGUCAUGUUGGACAGUGUGUACCUCAUGCCAUUGUGAAACUACUGAUUCAUUCAUUUCUUUCUCUGAAAUAUAUCAAUUUGAAACCACAUUAUCAACCAGGACUGGAACUCCGGCUUAGCAGUGAGAUCAACCAAAUGCAUACUACGUGCAUUAGAGGCUUGAAUAAUGUGGUUUUCAGCUUGAAUAUCCGGUCCUAUACAACAAACAUGAGCAAUACUGCGAAGCAUGCUAGACUUAGGCCUACUGCAUAUAUAACAUACAGUAUAUGUGCCGUAAAAAAACUUGGUGGUAACAUAGUCAUCUUCUUGCUCAGCGGUUACAUUUGGUCUGGGUGUGGCGCUUCACAGAGCCACCGCAUCUUUUUUAGAUAUCUACUGAAACUCAGACACAGGCCUGUGAAGGUUUGCACAGCUGAGCGUGGCCUCGGCCAGAUUUCGACAGUCUUGCGUCUCGCGGCGGCUUGCGACAGUCCCCCAAAAAGUCCUUGUUACUCCCACUGUGUGUGUUCCGGUGGUGUCAGUCUGUGUUUCAGUGUUGUAACGACUCGACUGUAGAUAUUUAACUGUUGUAUUUGUGGCUUCUUUCUCGCUGUCUGGAGUCAUCCGUGUCUGUCUGUGUGUUUCUGAUUCUGACUAACUGUCUUAUCUUUCUGUCAAACUGGAUGCAACUGUUAUUAUUCCACCUGGCAUUCAUUGUGAAAUAAAGAGUCCACUUAGAGAUAUUUACUGGCGUACAGGUGUAGAGUGACGCAGGGAUGUGCGUGCAUCUAAGUGUGCGUGUGUUGAUGUUUGCAGUGUCCUGAAGUUUUUUUUACCUGACUAUUAAAAUGUUUUUGUUUUUUUUCGAGCACAGUUUCAUCUCGCGGAUGAGAAUCCUGCUGAACUGACCAGGUUUCUGCCACAGAGGAGAGUUCUAUUAUCUACUCUUGUCUGUUUAAAUGUGGACCAACCUUUCACUGUGAGGGAGAGACAGAGGUGGGGGAGCUGGAGGGAGGAAGGAAUUGAGGGAGACAAAGAUGAGAGAAUAAGACGGAGGAAGAGAGCAAAGACCUUUCCACUGAUUCUGAAGGAAUGGAAGCCAUGUUUCAAACGAGAGCCAUCGUUUUGGAGACGGGGCAGGUCAUAAACACACAUUUAUAAAUGAUUUACUGCCAUGCCCACUCACUGUGCUACGAACAGUGUAAUAAAAAAAAUCCUUGCUGAGAUUAGAUAUGUUGCAGGUCAUCUCAAAUUUACCCAGACAUAUUUCCAGACUGACGGAUAGGAAGACAAACAGACAGGCAGACAUACCGACACACAGACAGCUUAUAUUGUCAGAAUUCAAAUCAUGUGUGUAUUGGAAUAAUGUAUAAAAUCAUUAUAUUUAUCAAUAAACUUUUCAACAAACAGAUUAA